AUGUUCACUAGCCUCCGAGGCAAGAGUCAACGGCCUAUAUCGUCGAUACCAUCGGAAGCUCCAAGGGCCAAUAAUACUACAAAUGCAAACAGCAUAUCACUGAGUGCUGGUAACCUUAUAGUGGGGUCGUACCAGUCAUCUAGACCUUAUGGGCAGAGAAAUUUGGAAAUGAACAGGGCGACGGGCUCCCCUGCAGGCAAUAGAUCAUCCGGUAAUCAGACCUUGAUGAACACGUCGGCUACUUCCUCUACUCCAAUACCGGUGUCGACACCAAAUACCGGUGUGAAGAAGAAUAAGUCUCACCAACUGGAACUUGCUUAUCAUGAAUCGCGCUAUUCUAAUUAUUCAGUCAUGUUAAACCUGAGCGAGACUCCAGAGAUAGCUGAAGGUGAUAUAUGUGAAUUGAGAACGUACCACAAGGUACCGGGUCCCAGCGGUCGAAAAAUAUAUUUUAUUGCAAGAGAUUUUGAUGCUGAGUCGAAGAGGAGAACUAAGAGCUCUCAAGUCUCGGUUCUUUCGGGGCAACUUCAGUCACUUCUAGACUUACCUACAAGGUCGAAGGUUUGGGUACAGUUGAAAAAACGAGAAAGCUGCGAAGCUGACCUUGUUGAGUUGCACAUAAAGGACUGCUUGUUAAAUCGGGGUGAUAUGUGGUCCCUUUCGUCGCAGUCAGUUGGAAGUUGCGUCUUUUCAGGCCAAAAAUUAUCUUUCCUAGGGUCUAUAAGGGCUACGGUCAAGGGCAUCUAUAGAGACGGUAAGAAACGUUUAUCAGGAUACCUUGGUGAGAGUACUAGAAUAGUUUUCAGAUCUGAGAGUGCACGGUUGAUAUUCUUAAUCCAGAUUACUGAUGAGAUGUGGAAUUUUGAAGAGUCUGGUGAGCAACUGUUUCAAAAGAUGGUUAAUUCUCUUUUCCCCAAAAUUUUCAAAAGGUGGAAAGAAAUUGAUACACAUCACAGUAUAACCAUAGCAUUUGUAUGCUCUGUGGAUAUGUCGAAGGUGCCUUUUAGAGAUCUCAAGCCAGGAGAAAUCCUGAAAAAUAGUACUGACUACUUUAGAAUUGUUGUUGACCAGGUCCACGCUAUACACUGGGUCGAAAUUAUGGAGACGCUAAGAAAAGAAUUUAUGAAGCUAACGAAAGACAUUCUAAACAAGAAGACCGAAGAAGGACAUAGCGCCAUCAAGGGGCGGUUUUCUCCUGUAAUAAAGUCUAAUAUCCUAGAGUCGGUUAAUUUUGCGACGACAAUUCUAACAGACCCAUUCAAGCAACCUGACUUACGCCAUACGACAACACAUGUUAUGAUUAUUACCCCAGGGUCUGGACUCUACGAUGUUGAUUACGAUUUGCUUAAGUUAACUGGUAAAAAAUUGCUGUCAUUAGAAAUGACAAUGGAUCUAAUUUGCCUGUCACGAGCACCGUUACAUAUUGUUCCACUUUUCAGGUACCUGGAUUAUGAGAAUAAAAUGUACCACUGUAGCCCCACCUGGUUAAGUAUCUUCUUUUGGAAUGACACUUCUGAGGGUUGGUUCCCGAGAUGUAAAAUUUAUGACCUACAAAUGAUGGGUUUGACAGAAAAUGAUGUUAUGCAAGAUGUCUCCAUCGAGAGGUUACGGAAUGAGAAGCAAGUGCGUGCUAUUUCGCAGCUGAUGGAUGUUUACGAUGACUCUGUCUUCCGAUGCAAACCAGCGAAAGAAGAUACCACUGGUCAAAGUGUGAAGACAUCUACAGGAGCGAAGAAGCCACAAUCCAUAGACAAAUCCGCUCAAAACAAUAGCCCACUGGAAUGGAACGCACCAAGGUUUGCCGGAGCGGUAAUUGAGGAAGCUCAGAAAACAAAGGUUCUUGCAAGCAUGUACACUGUUAAUGAGGAUGGCGAGUUUGAUGCGGAUGGUGCUGGUGAUUCAUUGAGUCCUAUUGGUACCAGGGGCCAGACAGCAGUAGACACGUUGAAAGGUAUUACCAAGAAGAGUUCCGUGAAAGACUUGACCCACAAGAUUGUCGGUAAGUUAAUGCCAGGGUGGGAUCAAGAAGCAAAGAAGGGGAAAACUAAUAUAGAUGGAAUUAAUAUCGCCGGAGAGCGUCAGUUGACUCAUACUGGUCUCUCGAAUAGUAAACAACUCCCAGGUUCCGGAAGUAAUGUUGGAUCAUCGGAAAGUACUCCGAUAAUUAUGAAAACUCUUGACGCAUUAAGUCAACAUGAAAAGCAAAGAACUAUCUCACCAGUUCGAGAUAUUUCCAUGCGAGAAUCAGUCAGUACAGUCAAUUCCUCGAAAAAUGGUGAUUCUAGACAACACCACGGUAGAGGAAGGAGAGCUAACAACGGGGAAAAUAAGAAUAAGCUAGUUGACUCAAAUUGGAUGGAAGUUUCAAAUCCGUCUAUGCCGGUAAGCAGUGAACUUGCUGGGCAGAUGCUUCCAGUGCGCUGGAAAGAUGUAUUACCACGAUACGUUGCCAAAAAGUACAGCAAGUGGCGCUCGUUCACAACGCCAGCGGAGCUACCCAUAACCAUAUCUGACUUCCCAACGAAGGAAGACUUUGAAAACAAUUUCAUCUUCAGAAAUCACUCUGUUACAUUGAACGUUGAUCACGAAGCUCCCGACCGGACACACAGGCAUUUGCUGCGUGAUAUGAUUUACAUGCGUCUGUUAACUGGAUUUCAGAUAUGUGUCGGUAAGAAAGCUAAAAUGAUCGAACUGAGUAAGAGUCAAGAAAAUAAGGAAACCCCAAUUGCUAAGUACGUUGAUGGAGAUUGGGCAACUAUUAAGGUUUAUAUGAUGAUAGACUCUGAGAUUCAUAGGCUAUCCUGUGGAGUGGACGGAGUAAUUGAUGUCCAACGUUACCUCAGGAAAUACGAAGAGAAUCCAUACGAGCAGGUUCCAACGUAUAUACCGCUGGUUAAAACAAGGUACGAAUCUGAAUAUCGACCUGCGGAACUAGACCCGUUACAUGUUACUCGAGAAUCCUUUAACUGGAAUCAGAUUGACCAAGUACUUGCCGGUUAUGGGGAUUGUAGCUCGAAGAAGAAGAAGCCAUAUGGAUAUAGGUCAAAGAUGGUUGUUCUACCCGCUGAUGUACCUUCGAACACAUACUCAUCAGUUAUAAAUGGAAGAAAUGAAACUCUUACCCCUGAAGAAAUAAGAUUAGAAGGUUUGAGAAAGUUGAUCACAUCUAUCAAUAGGUCGAAGCGGCGAACAGUAAAGGAUAACUCAGCUAGGAACAACAAGAAAGAAGAAAUUCAACAAGAAAUCAUGUUUUACACAGGUUCGCUGUUCCAAUUCAUCCAUGAACAAAAGGAGUCCCUUGAAAAGUCGGCCAUUGAUUAUAAGGAUUCAAUUUUUGCAAGUGACAAGAUGCAACUGAAGAAGGAUGCUGAUAUGAAGAAAGUAGCAUAUGAAAUGCAACACGGGAAUAAUCCUUUAACUCUAGUUAAUCGUAAAUGGCAUUGGAAAAAGCAUCAAAACAGUUUUAUUGGGGCUGAAAUGGUUAAUUGGCUCAUAAGCAACUAUGGUGACAUCGACACUCGUGAAGAUGCCGUAGAAUAUGGACAAAACUUGAUGGAAGAGGGUUUGUUUGUUCAUGUAUUGAACAAGCAUAGUUUUUUGGACGGGCAUUACUUUUAUCAGCUUUCUCCACAAUAUGUGAUUGAUCAGAAAAGUUUGGAGAAGGUAAGUUCUGACGACAAAUCCAAUGCAGAUAGCAGGCGUGUAGCAAAAGGGGAUUCGAUCAGUGUUUCCUCUGGAAGCAAGGCAGCCGCUCCAUCAAUUGAGUUUAGUGUUAGCAACUCACAGAGGUCCAUACAAGACGAAUCGGGUAUUAAAAAUACUGACGAAAUUAGCGACAAACCCACUGUUGUUCUGAGCUCCUCGGUGGUGAUUGAUGUUGAUCUCGCGGGCAAGUCAUACAAAUCUGAGACUUGCACAGUUCAUUAUGAUAAAGUCCAUAAUCCUGACCAUUGUUUCCAUAUUCGAGUAGAAUGGCUGACCACAACACCCAAACUACUGGAUGACUUGGUCGGGAAUUGGUCCAGAUUAUGUGAAAGAUUUGGGCUCAAGCUAAUUGAAAUUCCAUGGACCGAGCUCUGCACAAUACCAUCAAUAAACCCAUUUCAUUCGUUUGUUGAUAUAAAGCUUGCAAUAAAUCCUUGGGAAGAUCCAGAAUUCAAAGACUUAGAAGUUCUUGCGACAAGCAAGUUCUACUAUCACAUGUUUCUGUUGAAGGCGUCAGGAUUUUUGCUGGAUAAUAGAGCCGCGACCUUCAUACAGGAAGGUGAAUGUGAAUUUGAUAUUGUCUACUCAUGGGGUAAGCCGGAGUUCAAGUACGCCCAGUAUAUUCACAAUACGGGUGCUUACAUUGCCGAAAUCAGGGAGAACGGUAAUUUAUUCCUAGCACCGAAUAACAUAUACCUAUCAAGGGUGAACAGAGGCAAUGUUGUGGGUAAAUCGCAGUCAUCUCCACAAUGGGCGCUGGAUGCCCAAAUGGUUAUGCUUGACUUCAGAGAGACAUGCACCAACUAUGAAAAGCUGAGAGAAGUUCUACUCGAGGGUAAAGAGAAAUGGAUCGAGGAACAAUUUUACGAUGAUUUUUAA